AUGCGCCUGGGCUUCAUCCGGAAGGUCUAUGGCAUCGUCGCUUGCCAAGUGAUGGCCACGGCCGUCACGGCCGCCUUGUGCGCGGGCCCCCUGCGCCCAACCAUCGUCGGCUUCGUGGUGCACUGGCCCUCCGCAUUCAAGUGGGGAUCCCUGUUGGCCACGGGCCUUGCCCUGCUCAUCUGCCAUGUGGGCAAGAACUCCUACCCCGUGAACUUCCUGGGGCUUGGCUUCUUGACCGCUGUCAUGUCGCUUGACGUUGGCGUCAUGGCCGCCGUCGCUAGCGCCAUGGGGAUGGGCGCCGUGGUGGCUCAGGCCGCGAUCAUCACCGCCGCUCUGGUUACAGGACUGACGAUUUACACUUUCCGCUCCAAGAGGGACUUCUCCUUCCUGGGUGCCGCUCUUUGGCCGCUGAUGUUUGGCCUCUUCGCCUUCAGCUUGCUAAGCUGCUUCUUCCCGUCUCUGCACACGGGCAUCCUGGGUCUCAUCGUCUCCUUCGCAGGUGCCGCCAUCUUCUGCGCUUACCUGGUCUACGACACGUGGCGCAUUGCCAACGAGCUGCAGGCAUCCGGGGCUGCGCACUCCCCAAACACGAUUUGGCAGCUUAUAAGUACCAUCCAGCUAUAA